AGCAUUUCCCCCGAGGGUUGGCUUUGGUGACGAUGACAGGGACUCAACAAGCAGCUGAUCAGUUUUAGAGGAACGCGGACAGAGCCUAAACGAAGUCUACAGGUGCGUCAGUAGAGCCUGAAUUCCCCAAAGACGUGCCUGUAUACCAGUAAACAACAAGGAGCCACCUCAAAAUAUCCCCACCCAAGACUGGUCCUACCACAAUCCUGCUGCUCCUUAGCACUUUACAACAAGCUUUGUGCAAUAUUAAGUUCCUAUUGAAUGUUUUAAACCUGAUCUUUCUUUUUGGUUUACUCUGGUGAUCUGUUUCCUCCUGGCUUAUGAGUUCACAUGUGGUGUACCAUCCACCCACACAGCUAAACAAGCUCUGAAUAUGGGUCCUUAUCCAAAGAGUUUUCUCAGGGAUUUGUUUCCAGGCAAGGGAGUCCAACAUGGACUGGGAGACAAGCUGGCACAGACCUGGACAGGGGAGAACUAGCUUCUCUCGCUGGGUCUCACUUUGUCAGACUUUGGGGAAUACAGGCACAAAGAGCUGCAAUGGAUGGAAGGACUGAGGAACAGUUCAAAAUCACGAUUCACAAAGGUCUGUUUUGGACAUGUACGCAUAUGAACAAUACACCUGUAGAAUAAUUGUUUGGUAAGCACUAGUUUGGUUGUUUGUGUAAUUUUCCAGGCCACAAAAAAAAAAACGAGCUACUUCAAACCAUGGAAAUACUGACCACCUGAGACUCGAGUGAUAAAGUUAUUUUACUAUGUUUGUCAGUUAAAUCACUGGAUGAUGUCUGAGGCAUUGGAGUCCAGAAAGUGAGUCAAGACCUAAAAGCAAUCUGAGAGAAAGUAGGACUGGGAGUUGGGGGUCGGAGGUCUGAGGCGCGUGGCGGGCGGCGCCGGUGUGGAAUGGCGGAGCACGCCGAGCUGCUGGCUGAGAUGGCCACCGUGGGGCGUCUGAGCGCCGCCGAGCGUGUCAAACAUGCCCAGAAGCGUCGCACCCAGCAGCUGAAAGGCUGGGCCCAGAUGGAGAAGGACACGGCCCGGGGGGGCAAGGGAGGCAACAAAGGAGACAAGAAGAAGGGGCGCACGCGGCGGGUGGUCUUCCCCAGCAACAUCACCCUGCUGGAGGCCUCCGCCCGCAACGACCUGGAGGAGGUCAGGGAGAUGCUGAACAGUGGAGUCAGCCCAGAUCUUUACAACGAGGAUGGGCUCACUGCCCUGCACCAGUGUUGCAUAGAUGACUUUGUGGAGAUGGCCAAGUGCCUGCUGGACGCGGGAGCGAGCGUGAACGCCUGCGACAGUGAGCUGUGGACGCCCCUCCACGCUGCUGCCACCUGUGGACACACGGGGCUAGUGCAGCUCCUAGUGCAGGGCGGGGCCGACCUGCUGGUGGUGAACGCGGACGGGAACAUGCCCUACGACAUCUGUGAGGACGAGGCCACGCUGGAGCUCCUAGAGAUGGUCAUGACGGAGCAGGGUAUAACUCAGGACCGUAUCUAUGAGGUCCGGGGGGCCAAAGAGAUGGAGAUGCUGAGAGUCUUGCGGGCGCAGGUGGAGGGGGGAGCAGACCUCAACGCCCAGGACGAACACGGAGCUACGCUGCUCCACAUCGCAGCAGCUAAUGGCUACCUGUCAGUGGGAGAGUUGCUGCUGGAGCACAGCAUUGAUGUGGAGCUGAAGGACACUGAUGGCUGGACUUCCCUGCAUGCUGCCACCUACUGGGGACAGAUUCAGAUGGUGGAGCUCUUGGUGGCUAACGGGGCCAGCCUCGACAGCAAGACCUCCUUGGAGGAGACGCCGCUGGACCUGUGUGUGGACGAGGAGAUGAGAGCCAAGAUGAUGGAUCUGAAGCACAAACAUGACGCCAUCAUGAAGAGCCAGGACCGGCACAAGGGCACCCUGCAGAGACAGGCCUCCAGCACCAGCAGCCGAGGGAAGGUGGUGCGUCGCGUGAGCGUCAACGAGCGCUCCAGCCUGUACCGGCGGGAGCACCACAAGGAGGCCAUGGUGUGGCAGGAGAGAGGCCGGCAGCCCGAGCCCCAGGACGAGGACGAGGACAGGCAGACGGACAACGAGCUCAACCAGCACGCCGCCAUGACCGCUGGAGCAGGGGCCAUGACCAGACUGGAGGAGAUGGAGAAGAUGGAGUCCAGCCUGGGGAACGGGGGAACGCCCUUGGCCCUGUCGGCCUCGGUUCCUGGGGAGAUGUGGGCUGGGGGGGGCAUCAUGGAUCGCAGCGCCUCGUACCAGCUCAGCCCCCCCUCUGGGUCGGGGCCCACGUCAGGGGAGGGGGAGGGCUCCGACAGCAUGACCAGGGAGAAGUCCCACCACACCCUAGCAGACCUGAAACGCCAGCGGGCGGCAGCCAAGCUUCACAAGCACCCGGCGCCCCCGCCGCCUCUCACCCCUCCCGCAGAGGAGGAGCCCCCAGCCUCACCCUUUCCAGAGCUGACCACACCUGCCCCCCACGAGGCCCCCAGCCCAGAGGAGCUGGCUAGCCCCAACGCGGUGUACUUCACCCCAGCAAGUGGAGACCCUCCCCUGCUUAAACUCAAAGCCCCUGAAGAGGACACCUCCAACACCAAGGAGCCCUGCUGUGGAAUCAUGUAGACACACUCUCACUUGCUCACUGCCUGUGUAAUUAGGAACAUCAAGGGCGGGUGCACACACUCCAAAGUGGCAUAGCAUCUUUCGACAGAUUCCUUGCAAAACGCUUCAUUUGUUUAGGAAUUGAUUCACUCAUACUUGAUUUUUUUAUUCAAGACAUGCCAUUGAAUGUUGUCUCCACAUUUCGGCACUGUCCACUCCUCCCUACAAAGCUCUUAAUAGUGAUGCAUCUCACACUCCCCACAACCUCUCCCAUGACCGCCCAUCCAGUUCCAAUUUGUAGUCAUCUGAACUAAAACUUGAAACAGAACAUGGCACCACCAUUGUGGUGCAGAUGUUUGACAUUGUUCAUCACCACGGCUAGCGUUAAACUACAGCUAGGGGGACCAUACACGGAAGUUGUGUUAUGAGAAGGUAAACAGUCCUCAUGGAGAUAGCCCCCUAGUGGCUGUGUAUAGCCUUACAGACUCCAGUAUUCAAUACACCAUAGUACUUUACCCCUACUACCACUGAUCUCUCCAUUCUUCAUUUCAAUCAGAGGUGGUCACAGUUUUCUUGUGAUGGCACGGGUGUUGGAUGGAAAGGCCUUUUGUCUUUCUAAGGUUGCCUUUCAUAUUGGAGGAUCAAGCGAACUUGCCAGUCUGUGAGCCAGGGUGCAAGAAUUGGGAGUGGGUAUAUGUGAUGACAACUGAUUCUUGUUUGUUGGUCUAAACUUGGUCUAAAUUUGCCUUUUUUCUUGUCCAAUAAUGUCCUGAAUUGAUUCUUCUUUUGUUCAUAAUCUAAACCAUUGUUCCAGUGCACUUUGAAAAGCCUACAUUUUGAUACUCCUUUCUACGUGGUGCAAUUUGUAAAUGUGAUUUUGUUUUCUAAACGAUUUCAAGAGAUUAUAUUAAAAAUGUAUUUGAAAU